AUGUGGAAAGGAUUACAUGAUGCUAUACCCGUGAAAGCUCGCAUUUUUAGGCAUCUGAAUGCUGAUGAUCAAAUAUGUGUUCUGUGUAGUAUGAAUCAAACUGAAGAUCUGGACCAUUUGCUACUUCAUUGCUCCUUCUCUCAAGGUAUAUGGAAGAAUUUUUUCCAUAAUCAGUUCGUUUCCAUUGUGCAGCAUCACUCGGUUCUCUCCUGGAUUCAGACUUGGCAGCUUAAGGGUUCGAAUAUAAAUAUCAAACACACACCUCUAGUUGUGCACUUAGCUCUCUGUAUAAUGCACUUCAUUUGGAAGCAUAGAUGUAGGGCUGUUUUCAGCAAUAUAACACCCAAUAAUCGAACUGUCAUACAUCAGAUAAACUCUUACAGGGUACAACAUCAGUUAGACACCGCAUUUGUUGCUCAUAAUCAUUACCAUUUACAGAACUACAUCUUACAUUUGCCUUGGGUUCCUCCUCCUAUGCAGUUCUUAAAGAUAAAUAUUGAUGCUUCAUAUAAUUCUGAAUCUUUGUUAGCUGGUAUUGGUAUUAUAACUAGAAAUUCUGCAGGGGCCUUUGUCAUGGGAAGAGAAACAUUGAAAAGAGUUAUAAAUGUUGAGCAAGCUGAAGCCUGGGCUAUGGUAGAAGCUAUGCAAAUAGCAGAUUCAAAUGGUUGGACUAAUGUUAUUUUUGAGACAGACAAUUGGAGUAUCAGUAACUUUUUACAACAUCAAACUAAUAUUUGUCAGUGGUAG